UUUUCCAGUCUUUUGGGGGCGAAAACCAAAACCGAACCAGUGAAACGGUUGAGAUUUCGCUGUACGACCUACCCAAUAACCCCUUUAAGCAAAGCGGUCGGAAACAUUUACACUUAAGAAGCCAUUCUUGUCUCUAAGAUAUUUUGCUUCAAAGCAGUUAACGUAAACGAAGUCUGUGAAGAAAGUUGACGGAUGUGGUUUCUACGCAGAACGUUGAACGCAACAUCAGUUCCUGGUCAAAAGGAUAACACCGUCCGUGAGAUCCAGAUGCUUUUAAAUCUCAAUUCCUGUCAGGGAAUUUGCUCGAACCUUUGAUAGGACCUUGUUUUCUGAUCCAUGGUGCUGUGAGGAGCUCCCCAGAGAUGACAGGGCGACGUUUGGACGCAGCUCGACGACUCGGAAAUUCAGCGGGCUCUUCGAGCGAGUAAGCGACAUGGACAACUCUGUCACCCUGUGGCAGUUCCUUCUCCAGCUCCUGUUGGACUCCAGCAAUGAGCGGCUCAUCUGCUGGACCAAUGAGGAAGGGGAGUUCAAGCUGCUGCAGGCCGAGGAAGUGGCCCGGCUUUGGGGAGCCCGCAAGAACAAGCCCAACAUGAACUAUGACAAGCUCAGCAGGGCGCUGCGAUACUACUAUGACAAGAACAUCAUAAAGAAGGUGAACGGUCAGAAGUUCGUCUACCGCUUCGUGUCCUACCCGGACAUUCUGAAAGGAGACGCUAGCAUCCGAGCGGACAGCGGAGCGGGGGGGAUCCCACCUGUCGCAGCCAAGAGGGGAGACGGCUCUCUGCUGGAGGUGGAGUCUGCUGACCGGGGCAAGGCGGGAGCAGGUCCAGCCGCUAUGGGCUCCAGCACCAAGCAGUCCAACAGGAACGACUACAUCCACUCCGGCCUCUACACGUCCUUUCACCUCAACUCUUUGCAAAAUGGCCGCCAGCUCUUUGGCUCCAUCAAGAUAGAGAACCCCGCGGAGAAGAUUUCGGACGGGAGGGCCACCGCAGCCGCCGCACAGAGCCAAGAGAAGCGGCUGGAGCAGCAGCUGCAUGCAGCCGCUGCUCUGCCGUCAGUCAUCAAGUUUGGAAACAGCCCCCCCAAGCCGCUCCCCACAGCGCCCCCUCAGGCGGAGGCCGGCAGUUUGGAUUCCCUGCAUGCUGCGGCGCAGAGGGCCGAAACCACCAGCCCACACUCCUCCCUGCAGCCCCAGUCCGUUUACACGUUCGAGCACCCCCGCCCUUCAGAUCCGGCCUUCAGCCUGCCGGACCUGAGCUCCGCCAGCCCGUCCCCGAGCCUCGUACCAGAAUCUUCUCAGGAGGGCACCACGCAAAGCGACGUCGAGUCGGGGUGCUCGCGGUCCACAGACCCUCUUGCACUAGAAGCACCAGAGGCUCAGCCUCAGGACAAGGUGGACAGCGGCCUGGGCCUGUCUGUGGAUGAGCCCAGCUUGGUGGACACCGAGACCAACAGUUCGUCGUCGGUAAACAGCAGCACCACAGGGAGCGCUCAGGCUCCAGGAAAAGCACGCAAGCCACCGAAAAUCCUGCAGAUCAGCCCGCCUGCUCUGCUUGUCACUACGUCCGAAUUCUCCCCCAUGAACCUCUGCAGUCCCUCGCUCCCCACCGCCUCGCUCACACCAGCAAUGCUCCAGGCAAGUCCUGGACCUGCACAGCUGCUGCUCAGUUUGGACUUUGGACAGAAUGUGGUUUUAGGUCGCUUCUGGGAACACGACCAUCUCAAAGCCAGAACGUGUUUCUGUCCCUAUGACUCCAACUCUCCUGCUGACUCCCAGUCCUCUGCUGUCCAACAUCCACUUCUGGAGCACGCUCAGUCCCGUUGCUCCCCUCAGCCCGGCCACCAGACGUCAGGGAGCCCACCUGUUCCAGUUCCCCUCAGUCCUCACCCCUCAGUUCCAGAUCCCGGUACAGAGCUUGGACGGAACCAAUACGCCGGGCCCCAUUUCACCAGACCCUCAGAAAACAUAGACUUCUGGCCCGUCCUUCUCUACCGCUCCACCACCUUCUCCCACAUCCGGGAGGAUGAUGUGUGAGCCAAGCCUUUCCUGUCUGCCAUCGGUCUGGUGCUUUGAGCCUUACUGCCAUAGAGCUCACAGUACAGGUGUGUGGUGGGGGGUGGUGGACGGAUGAGGGUGAUGCAUUCACUUUGUCUCGUGGUAUUUGUGCCCUCAGGACCCUUUUCUGUUCACUGACGUCAUCAUCGCCAGCAGCCUGAUGCGCCUACACGUUGAUUUCGUCCGGCUUAUUUUGGGAUCACAGCAGAUUGAAGGAGGGAGGAAUUUCCAUGGUAACAGUGUGUGAACUGGCGCCUCGGUCGGCACAAUCUGCUUCACACCUCGACGCACAGAGCGCUUGGGUUCCAGCUAUCGGCAUCUGCGCUCUUCUAGAAUCCCCUCCUUAUGGCGUGCGGCAGGGCUGCUGCCGUCAGUAGCCUCUGACCGUUUCUUUCCUCGCAGCGUCACGAAUCCCCGCUGUUGUUCAGGGUGGAUGAGGACGGGCAUGGUGGACCUGGAGCUCUUUUCCCCUCUACCUGCCUCAGCUGCUCAGAAAUGCCAUCCACGUCCCGCGGGACUCUUACCCUAUUGUCUUAUUGUGAUCUGUGGCCAUAACCCAAACUGAACCUUGAUCCAUACAUCUGCGGUGAAACUACUGCUGUCACCUUUUUUCUAUGGUAUGAUCACAAACUUCAGUGGGUUUUAUCUGAUAAACCAGCACAAAGUGGCGCAUAAUUGUGAAGUGUCAUUUUUUUCUCUCUAAAAGAACCCUUCUGAAAUGUGUACUGACUAUUCAGACCCCCUCUGACCCGUGAUGGUCUGCUGCCUUCACAGGUCAGCUGAACUCAUCCUGACUUUACACCGCAACGCUUCACAACUGUGUACCUCUUGGUCUGCUACACCAGAUCCCUGGAAGUUACACUGAAGUUGUGGUUUUAGUGGGACGGGACGCUGGAGGAGUUCAGGGAGAAUUAACCUGUUUUCAAGCUCCUGCCGAAAAACCAGGCGGACUCAUCCUGACAGCCAUGUUGGCCUGUUCCACCUUCGCUCGCUAAGCUUUUAGGUGGGAGUGGAAGAAAGAAGAGCCAUAAGCCAUUUCUGUGCAAUGAUACCGUCGGCCAGACUCUAGGCAAGGUCCAGGACACGGUUCAAUCCGUUACCUAACGGGUUUGCCGGACAUCAGCAGGCCGUUGCAAAGGAGACCAAACAUAGCUGCCAUUUAACUUAACGGAACCAGAAAACGCAGCGUAAGUCUGCUUUUUUUUAAUCAGCACCAACUUAUAUCGAUGAGCCCUGUGCGCGUUCCUUCUGGAUUGCCGCUGAUCCCGGAUCAGAAACUGUGGUCAGGAUCUUGAACACCAACUGUUGCUUAAAUGAGAAAGCAAACAGCAGCAGGAGAGGUUUCUCCUUGUCAGAGGAAGGACGUUUACCGUUGAAACACUGAGCGAUGGCGGUCACUGAGCUGCUGCUGGCUGGCUGGGUAAGUCCUGAGCGGUUCUUUACAGAACCAGUGAAGAACUGGCCUUGGCGCCAUCUUUGGUUCAGUACUGGAAACCGAUUUGAUAGAGGUCUUUACAUCUAAGUUUUACUCAGUAGCUGGGUGUUGCUUGAUCAGCUGUUUAGUGUCAGGCACCCUGCUACAAGUCCAGGUAGAUUCAGGAACAAUAGUUCCCUGAGGAAUGAGCCCGGGAGGUUCUGCUGCAUGCUGGUGGUCUCCUUCGGUUUCCAGUUGACCCAGUUAUAAUCAAGCCUUUCUUCAGCUCAAACCUUUGAUGAUUUGUUUGCUGUGUCGGCGUCACGCUCACCUGACCACCAAUAGCAAUACCCGCGGUUGGCCUCUGAAACGCAGCAGUCUGCCAAAACAUGAUGACCUCGUUCCUGAUACCGCUGAGCUUCAGCGAGCCAACUGGACCGGGGAUGCACUGAGAAGUCUGCUGUCGGCUGGGAUUGGGUCGUUUGUUAGCUUGAUCAACCCUGACUAGAGGACGGUCAGAGUAACAACAUCCUUCGGUGUGGAAGUUCACACUGUGGGAUGGCGGCUCAGAGUCAGCUAUGUUCAGUAGAUCUGGGGGUUAAAAGUUAAAUGGAAGCUGUAUUUUCUCUGACAGCGUCAGCCAGUUCUUCAGGCUGCUUCCUUAAAGAUUAAAGAUUUUUAAGCUUUCAGCCUCCGCCUGUCAUUCCUGAAUUAAAACUUAGACCGCUGACAGGAGGAAAGGAAGAAAGCAUAUUUGGAAUGCUGUUAUUUCUAGGUCUGGAUGGGCUGGUAACAGCUUGACAGAAACCAGAGCGCUGACAUGGGCCUCAACACCCGGCCCAGAACCUCUGAACAUUGUUUUCGUGGACACCUAAACGGGUCGCCUGUUGGCUGCUUCUCAGCUGCACCUCAGCUUUAAGGCUGGGGACAAUUGGAGUUGCUGGGGACAAUUGGAGUUGCUCCGCCCAUCUGCAGGGUCAUCAUGUUUUGGUUGUGUGUCCCGAAA